UGGAUUCCAUGGGAGCCGGGGCCCUCAGUCGAAAUGGCAGCCGACGGCAGUUGGCCUAUACUACUCUUGUUGGUCGCCACACAGGCCAUCAUUAUUCACGCACAGAAUCCGAGUGAGUCCACGCCCAGCCCCGAAGAGGAGUACAAUGUAAGCACCACGCCGGUUGCGUCGCUGGAAGAGACCACCGAUCGCUCGGCUGCGCGGGUUGAGCCAUACGAGAAGGGCGAUCGGGAGCAGUACGAUGUGAUCGAUGUGGCCAGCGCCACGGGCACGGUGUUGGGCAAGCCCAAGAGUGGCCACACCACUAGGAUCUACACCACCGGCGAGGUGGACGAGAGCUUCUGGCUGAAGCAUCUGGGCGAUGACUUCAAACACGCCAUCCAUCUGCAGGUGGGCGGCACCAACGAGGAGUACAAUCGUUUGAUCAACCGCACACAGAACGGUGUCCAUGAGGAGGUGCAUCACGAGUACUUGCCGGGUGCCGAGCGUCCAGGCAGCGCAGUUCAUCCGCCAUCUCCGCUGCCGGCGCCACGCCAAUCCCGUCCAGCUUAUCGCCAGGGUUUCGAUCACCGAGCCGUGGCCAUGAAACAGCAGUAUCUCAGCCAGCAGUCACAUCCUGCCCAGCAGCGCUAUAACUAUGCCCACCAGCAUGCACAACACUAUGCACCACCACCACCACCUCCACCUCAAACACAACCACAAUACCCACAACACACAGCACACAGAAACAUUAACGCCAAGCCCCAGAAUUAUGGGCCCCAGAAUUAUGAGCCCCCGAGUUAUGAGCCGCAGAGUUACAAGCCCCAGAGUUAUAUCAUCAACUCUAGCGAGGAUCAGCUGCAUGCCGAGCAAUCGAACCCCUCGCCGGCCAAAUCAGCUGGAGAGGAUCGGGCCCAACACGAGGAGGAGUUGGACUCCUUUGGCGGCCAACUCAACUUUAAGUCACCCUUCAAUGACUACGGCAGUCGACCCACACGAGAUCUCACCUACCUUCUCUAUAAACGGGGUCUCUAGAAGUGAACUCCACGUCAUGCCAAACCAAAGACUUGCGGCCUCCACUCCAUUGAGUUCUAUAAAUGGGGCUGAGCCACUCACACCACCCAUGCAUACACACCACUCAACACACACCACUCAAC